UUAGUGUAUCAAAAAAUUCCACAAACGAGUCGAAACGAGUCGAUGUGAAGGAAAACGUACAACCAAAAUUUAACAAUACUAAUCAAACCAAAUUAUCAAUUCAUUCGAAACUUAAUAACAUUAACAGAAGAUAGAAGGUCUGACGAAUAUGAAUACAACUGCUUCGUUCUCAUCAGAACAUUCAUGGAGCAGACGUUGUUCAACUGAGACAGUUUUCAGUAUCCAAGGGAAAGAAACUGAUAUUGUGCGUGAUACGAGUGACACAGAGUGGGCGAGCAGCGAAGAGGAGCGCGACGUGGAGUACGAGCCGGUGACGGAGCCCGAGGACGACGCCCCCCUCUCCUGCCACUCCUCCAGCGACAGCGAUAACGAAAUAAUAAGGACGCAAGUGAUAGAAGUAUCAAUGCGAGACGACGGCGAUCUAGUAUUCGCUGACUCGGAGCAGACGGAGUCCAACGACAGCGACAGCGAACUGGACUUGCACGAUUACUGGCAUUGCGCGCAGUGUCUCGCACGCAACCACAAUCCACUCUACAGAUACUGCGAGAAAUGUUUCAGGGUACGUAAAAACUUCUUCCCGCCGAGGCCGAAGCGAAAACACAAGCGUAACUCUCUCGAGCGCGAGAACACACGGAUAGAUCCAGACGUAAAUAAAGAGGAUAUCGUGUCUAGACUAGAUUCAGACAAUCUAGCGCGUCUAUCGCAGGAUUCGGGGGUGGAGUCUUUAGGUAUCACGUCAGCGUCCAGCCAGGAGUUAGUUCCGAACGAGGCUGGACUUUCGGCUGAUGUUAAAACCGAGACGUUAAGCCAAAAUGUACUAAGACGGAAACGUCGCGCUGAAUCCGCAGAUUGUAGGGACAAGCGUAUUAAAGUCGAUUAUUCAGAUUCCGAAAGCAACUCUGAGAGCGAAAUUAAACCUUUAGUUAAGAUGGUUAGUGACCCAUCUCUAUCGAUACAGGAAAUAGAUUCUGUUAAGUUGUCUAAAAAGGCGAUUAUAAAUUCUAUUAAGGAGAACUUGGAUAGUAAUGACAAUAUGUGCAUAAUAUGCGUUUCUAAGCCGAAGUCCGGUGUGUUUGUCCAUGGUAGGAUAGCGCAUAUUUGUUGUUGUUACAAUUGCGCGGUGAAAGUCUGGGCUAAAGCUAAGCGUUGUCCCAUCUGCAAUUGUAAAGUUAGUAAUGUCCUGAAGGCGGUCGUUAUGUAGUUGGUAGUUUGUAAAUAACUUGUUGGUCGUUUUGUUGAUUAUACUGGUAACUCGCCAGGUUCUGCUGAAAAUAAUUAUAUCCCAUAACUUGUACAAUGGUUUUAUAAGUGUGGUUAUAUCUUGAAUAACCCUUUGUAUAUUCAGGGUACAUGUCUGUUUACCAAUUGUUUAAUGAAUCUAGGUUUAAAUCUAGAUUUAAUGGCUAUGUACCUGAUCAAAUGAUCGCGUGGAUUUUGUAUAUAGGAGUAAAAAUUGCAAAAUACAUUAAAAUUGUCUAGUUCUUAGAGACGUUAAAAGUAAUUUUUUUAUAAUUAGAUUAAAAGUUUUCCACCGAAAAGAGAUAAUAUAUUUUUUAUGUAAGGUCUAGGUUAGGUCCUAAAAUAGCUUAAACACGAAAAAAUAAGGUCAAAUGAGGUUACGACCUAAAUAAACAUAACCUCAAAACUUAUUUAGUUGUCUUUAGUUUUACAUGUAUUAGUAUAGCAAGUAAUACAUACGCUUAUUUCAAAGUUACAUUUAAUAUGUUUUUUUUCUAUUAGGCGACAAUACAUUCGAGUUUCGUACGGUUUUUGUGCAAUAAAAUAAACGUCAAAAUUUGUCAUUGACAGAAAUAUUGGCGCCAAUUUAAAAAAAAAUGUCGACUUGCAUUAAUUUUAGAAAUAUGUUCCUGGUAAAAAUAACAUUUAUAUAUUUAUUAAAAAUGCUUCGAAGAUUAUAAUUAUUAUUUAACUUUCUACUAAAAUCAAGCCCACCAUCUUUUCCUACCGCGUAGAGCUUCUAUCAUUGUUUUUUCGUUAAAUUGAUUUUAUUUCGAAACGUAUAUUGAGAGAUAUGAAUGUGUAUGAGUUCAGAAUGGACACUAACGUAUGGCAAUACUGCCUUUUGUAGUUAUUUUUCGUUAUAAUACGGUUGAUAUAGACCACUCUUGUAAAUAACAAAUG